GUCCAAUCCCCAUUUCUGCUUUUGAGUUUUUUUUUUAUUUUUUUUAAAUUUUAAUGAACAUUGAUGAAUAAUUAAAGAAGAGGAAACGGGAAAAUUAAGGAGGUCUCUGCGUACGGCGUGAGAGGAAGAUAAAAGGGCGAGUAGAGGAAGACUGGUGUCCUUUUAAGGGGUCCAAUUGUCCCCUCCCACUGCUUUCUUUAUUAUCUACUUCUCCAUCAUUUUCCUUUUUCUGCGAGAUCAAAACAAAACGAAGAUAAAAAAAAAAAAAAAGAGAAGGAAACGAAGAGGUAGAAGAGAUAAAUUUGGCGCAAAUUUGAUUCUUUUUAUUUUAUUUUUUGAAUAUUUGGAGCUGGAUUGGUGUGUAGUAAUCAAGGAGGAGGAAGAAUUUAGGUGCAGGUGCAUGCCGCGGAAUGGCGGAGAUAUGUUGCGGAGUGGUGAGUGAGAGCGAGGCGGCGUCGUCGGUUUGCAGGCCGAGUUCCAGAGCGGCGAGGCGGAGGAGAAUGGAGAUCCGGAGGAUCAAGUUUGUAGCGCACCCGGAGGAUGGUGCGGAGAACGGAAAGAAGCGGCCGAGGCUGGAGAUAUAUCCGGCUGCGUCGGUUUCGCGGGAGUGCGAUUGCGCUGUCGAGGAUCAAAAUCUUGUCUCCAAGGUGAAAAACGGAAUGAAUAAGGAGAUGACCGGCGAGUUCCCCCCGAUUUUGAAUGGUGCUCCGAUUUUUUUGACUGCACAAUUAGCAUCGACGCUGCUUGUCAAUUCCAAACCGUUCCCAAAGUUCGGAAUGGCGUCGGUUUGCGGGAGGCGGAGAGAUAUGGAAGACGCGGUGGCGAUUCGGCCUUCGUUUUGCCGCGGAGACUUUGAAGACGCCGCUCUGCUUCAUUAUUUCGCCGUCUAUGACGGUCACGGAUGCUCUCAUGUGGCGGCAAAGUGUAGAGAGCGGUUGCACGAGCUGGUGAAGGAAGAGCUAGAGAGCAGAGAAGAAAGUACGGAAUGGAAAAAUGCAAUGGAGCGAAGCUUCAUUCGUAUGGACGAGGUAGUUACAUCCAGCGGCAGCUUGAUGGCCUCCAACUGCCGCUGCGAGCUUCGAACGCCCGAAUGCGACGCAGUUGGAUCGGCCGCCGUCGUAGCAAUUGUAACUCCAGAUAAGAUCAUUGUGGCCAAUUGUGGUGAUUCUCGUGCCGUCCUUUGCCGUAAUGGCAAGGCCAUCCCCCUCUCUGACGAUCAUAAGCCGGAUCGGCCAGAUGAACUGAAUCGGAUACAAGCCGCCGGUGGGCGUGUAAUUUAUUGGGAUUGUCCACGUGUCCAAGGAGUUCUUGCCAUGUCACGCGCCAUAGGUGACAAUUAUUUGAAGCCAUAUGUGAGCUGUGUGCCGGAGGUGACGAUCACCGAUCGGACGGCGGAGGAUGACUGUUUGAUAUUGGCAAGUGAUGGAUUAUGGGACGUGGUGUCGAACGACACCGCAUGCGGGGUGGCUCGGAUGUGUCUGAAGAAGGGGAAAGGACCACCGUGUUCGCCGGGGGAGGAGGUGGGGAAUGAGAAUUCAGACAAGGCUUGUUCUGAUGCAUCAAUGCUCUUAACAAAGCUGGCUUUGGCUAGGAGGAGCGCCGACAACGUCAGUGUUGUCGUAAUCGAUCUGAGGAAGGACGUGUCCAGAGAUAGAUUGAUUUAGAGUCCCCUCUCUCUCUCUCUCUCUCUCUCUCUCUCUCUCUCUGGGUUGGUUGCAAAAAAUCAAUCUUUGUGUAAUUUUUAAUGUUUCCCAUCAUCUUUUGUUCAAACUCUCCAAAGAAAUGGGAAGAGAAAUACCUCCUUGUUAUUUGGUUCCCCAACAUGGCCUUUGGCUUUUGUAAAUCUCAAUCGUACAACGUUUUCCCA